UCAUUAGCACAAACUCCCCUCGUAGUCGUACCCGCUAUUCGGUAUGUCGACAAUAGCCCCUUUAACAUAGUACAACAACAACAAGCAUGGCGGCGCCAAUCAUGAAUAUUUACGAUUGCACAAUUAAUUUUUCACAAAUUAGCAGUCAGACUAGCGUUGUAUCAAUGUAUCACGCACACCAACUUGUAAAAUUAACAUUUCGGGGCAUACUUCUGCAAGGAAUACUUGGUACGGUAACACAAAAAUGUGAAAAUUUCAAAAAUCUGAGCCCAGGAAAUAAGGAUUUUCCAACGUCUUUUUUUCAAAUUCAAAAGUUGACGAAAGCCCAGUAAUACAAAAAAAUUGUGACGGGUCCCUAUGACUGCAGCAAGGGGUUUGCUGGACCAAACUGUGAGGUACACGCCUGGCUUCCUCUACCUGGCCAUACACGAGCUUGAUGAGGCCCACCUGGGCAGAUUCAGCUUUCGAAGCAGAGACGGAAUCAUGGAGAUCAUGAAGCCGGGUGGUCUGGAGACCCUACAGGUGGUUCUGAAGACGCAGGUGGUGCACAAGAACGCGGUCACGUGCGCAGUACAGCAGGCACACGCCUGUCAGCCUGUGAAGGAGGUUGAGUUCAACAAGGGGGGCAGACUGAGUCCAACUGAGACAAAGUCCGAGAAGUCCUCCCUGACCCAGCUGACCGGAAUGUCCAGCAGUACAGCCGGUACCGCCCUCACAGCCAAGAUGGCCGAGGCCGGAGGGAACCGGAAACGGUCACCCGAGGCUUUCAUGUCCAUACAACUAGAGAAGACCCCUAGUCGAGACGUGAUGCUGAAUGAGUUCAUCAACAGGAAGAAUCAGAUGGGGACUAUUCUGCGUAAUGCGGACGAGAUGACCAAGCUAAAGAGGUCGUUGGUGUCAAAGUUCUGUAAUGACUUCAACAAUCGCCUGGCCCAGUUCUCAUUGAGAGGCCAGCUGCUCUCCUACUACAACAGCAUCCUCAACCUCCUCGAUGACUUCCCACAAGUCAGAGAGGCGUACUUCAUGCUGGGCCUUCCAAAUGAGAAGAAAUCCAACCUGGACGAUGUUGCUGGACUUACCCCUGACCCCAGACAAAUGCGCAAGAGACCGCGGCGCGUACUGUCGCCAGACGGGAAGCACGUCCUCAACAUCUGGUUUAUACCCCACCACACUGAGACCCUGAUCAUGUUCAAGACCCUCGACGAUGAGCACUGCGUGAGGGCGCUGACCUACUGCCUGCUGAUAGUCUCCGCCCUGCAUGACAUGCUCCAGUACCUGUGCGCCCACUCGAGACUCGGCAGCUCCCAUGCUCGACUUGGCUCUAGAAAGAUGGAGUUCGUGUCCGCCGACUGGGGAGGCACGGAAGGAGUCGGGGCGGAGUUGCGUGAGAUUCAGAAGCAGAUCGACAAUCUGCCGCACUCCACAGACCCACAUCAGGUGUCAGAGUUCAUGGCCCUCAGACGGGACGUCAUGUUUCUGGAACUCGACACUGCCGUGAGACACUGCAUGGCCGACACCUUCCUCUCCACGGGCAAUGUACAGGCUUACAAGUCCAUUGUCAACAACAUACAUCAUGCCCUGCCAGCUCUGAGCAAUGUCCAGCGUCCGUCUGUGUUCUCUACGUACUUCCAAGUCCCUGAACCCCUUGAACCCCGGGAUCUUUCAGCUAGGGAGCUCUUUCCUGUCCGAUCCUUCAGUGGAGUUAAUGGCCCCUACCCCACCAUGUUCUGGCAGUGGCAUGCCAUUGAGAACUACAUACAGCUCUGCCUAGCUGGACUGAAGGAUGUUGACAGGCAUGUUGCCAAUGGUGAGAUACUGGGUGUGACUCUCCUCAUGGAGGAUGUCCUACAGACUGGUUUCCAGGAUAUAUCCCUCCUAACUGAGCACUCAGCCACAAGUGGUGAACCAGACAAGCUUAAGGAACGCAAAGUGCGCUCAGCCAGUGUCAGAACCAUUGAUGUGAAAAAAUUGCCCCACAGUGCUUCUAAGCAGGCAACUGCAAGCGUCAGUUUGUCCCGCACCCAGGAGCCAUUGAAGUCGUAUAAGCUGCUGAAGUUCUUCCUGAUGCUGUGGAAGUGCCUGGAACUGCUGAAGGCCGACUGGGGACGCAGGAGGCUGGGAGUCCAGGCCAUUGAGAGCAUGUCCAUGUACAGGAACUUCUGUAAAGUAUACAAGACAGAAGUGCUGUUACCCGUGUUACAAAGCGUUGCUAGGCGAUUGGGUCAAGGUGAAAUGUACGAGGGCAUCGCCUUGGAAACAGACCCCCUUGUCAUGCCCAGAGGAGCAUCAGAGAUUGAAGUGAGGGCUAAACAGCUUGUACGCCUGUUUUGA